AUGAUAUUCCCGAUUAUUCUACGAGGCAAGCGCAUUUCGGGUGCACCAGUCUCCGAGUUCUGUGGUGCUCUGGCUGUUCAGAAAUUGUUCAAGAUGCCAGAAGAGUAUAGGCAAGAGGCGAGGAGAUUCAAUCAGCAACGUGCUUCUUCCAGAGAUGGAAUCCACUUCAAACCAGUCAAGCCAAUUCCGAUCCCGGUAAUAAAGUAUGCGAAGUCAUAAAAAUAAGGAAGCCGAGUGCCUAAAUUACAGUCUCACUCUACAAAUUCCGUACCGAUGGCUCCGUGAUCCGGGGAGCAAGUUUCCGCUCGUAUAUGUCUGCUAUGAAGGUUAGAACAAUGAAGGAUUACUUAGCUAUCGAAAUAUUCAGGAUCUGGUUUUCUGAAAAUUCUUCAGUUCGGAAUGUUUCCAACAGAUUGGGAAAUGAGCUCGAAAUUCUUUAAAACAAUAAUCUCGAAUCAGUACAAUGAGCGAUGUCGAAUCAGGGAAGUUCUAGUGGUUCUAGAUGACGAGUGGAACAAUAGAAACUUAUUACCAAAGACUUCUGAGGUACUGUGACGCGGGCCGUUGCCACCAAUCAAAUGCUUUAGGCUCAUCUUCUCGUGAACUCAAAAUCGCUUUUCCCGAGAGUUGCCUUCACAAACAAAUGCAAUCAACAUCUCGGACUGUAAGCUGUAGUCAGACUGCAAGACAUUCAUGAGGUUAUUCUAGAGAACAACCGUGCUGUCUGUGGGAGUUCCAUUUCCAUUCAGACGGGCAACUGCGCGAAUUUAAUCGAUGCUUCGGGAGCAUACCGUCGGAAGCUAUCAAAUCGAAGCAGAUCCCGGAGCUUCUGGCUGAUCUUCUGUAUCGAGGAGGAAUGAGCCGACGUUUCAUAACGCCUCCAAUCAAAGUGUGCAGAGAGAUUGAAUUCGAGCCGAUGACAGUGAGAGACAACAAUGGACAGUUAAUUGUAGGUUUCCACGAACUUGACAAAGAAAUCACUUCUAUUGCUACAGACUAUGAACCGACUGAACGCUACAAAAUGUGCCGCCUUUUUCUAA